CACUGGGGGGCGCCACUCGACGGGGAAUUCCGGCCACACCCGCGCCAACCCCGCGGAGCCGGCAGAUGCCGGAGGAGCCGGACCCAGGACUCGAGAAACGAAACCGCGCAGGCCCGCGGCGGUGCGGGCGCCGGAGCCGCGCAGAUCUUCAGGAGCAUGCCAGCCUCAGAGAGUCCCCUCCCUGGAGGCAUGGAAUGUUGUAACUGCCGACAUAUCUCCAAAGAGGAAGGUGCCAAGUUCUGCAGCCAAUGUGGACACAAGCUGCUCCGUGUAGCCCCCGUACCAGAUUCUGAGAACAACCUCAAGGCGACAUCGGCCCCAAAGGGAGAGAUGGAGGGUGGACAAGAGCUGAUGGAGGACAGCAGCUCUUUCUCAUCCCUGGGCUCAGAUGAUUGGCAAGAAGCCCCAGGCAAGCCCUGUUCGGAAGCCUCCUGGCAAAUCCAGACGGGAGUUGCUUCAGAGGGUUUUGUAGAUGCAGGAGACGGCACAUCCGAUGAGCUGGAGGCGGCCAGUUCCUCUCCCUGCAAAAGAAGAAAAGAGGAUGCAGCCCUGUUUGAGGUCGCUGACGCCGCCGAGCAGAGCAAAAGGAAGAAAAGGAAGAAAAAGAAUCAAAACGGUCCCGCAGCUGCAGAGCUGGACUCCUUGUCCCCGGCCUCCUUGGGCCCCAACAACCUGAAUUCACUUGCAAGCCCUGGGUUCCAGGACACAGCCCCACCCCAAAGCCCAGCUCAGCGGGGUGGUCCCACUCGCCAGCCGAGCCAGCCCCCAGGUGUGGGCGUGACGCCACCGGAGGCUGGUGACCACCCUCUGCAGGGCCAGAGCUCAGGAGGGACAGAAGCAGCCACGGGCACCAAGUCUCCAAGCAGCCCGGCAUCCCAGGACACAACUCCGGGAGGAGCCCUACCGGAAGGGAGGGGCCACCACUCCCCCAACCCCUCCAAGGGCAAAGGCCUCCCCACUUCUUCCAGCGAAGGCCGUCCUCAGGAGAAAGAUGCUGCCCAGAAACCCCCACUGCCAGAGCCAAAGGGGGGCCGCUCCAAGCCCGGGGAGGGGCCUCGGACCUCCGCAUCCUCCGGGGCAAGUGAUACUGCAGCCAAGCCAGCUGGUCCUGGGAAAGGGGCUGGGAAGGAAGUUAAAAGUAAGACUGAGAAAACAGAACAGCCGCCCACAAGCGCCCCUGCUUCCCGAGGCCACCGCCAGGAAGCCAAAACCAAGGACCAGACUGCUGUUCCAGAAGGGAAAGCAGGUGAAACUUGCCAGAAAGCCAAGCCGCAGGACCCAAAGACGUCAGAGGGGAAUGGCAGGAGCGAUGCAGCUGCAGUGAAAGGGAAGGAGCAAAGGAACCAGAGCGCGGACGCCCAAGGAGCCGAGGAGAGCCCGCUGAGCUCCGCCGAAGGAAUCACGGUGUACUUCCAUGCAAUCGUUUCUGAACAUUUCGAAUUCGACCCCAGCAAACACAAAAUAUUUGUCAGGGGCGGAGAAGAACUCGGGAAGCCCAAAUGGAGUCAUAAUGUUUGCGAGAUGUACUACACCAAGGACUUAGGUAAAAACAGGUGCCUGGUGGAAGGCAGCACCGUCAUUUCCAGGCAGCACGUGGGCACGCCCAUCCCGUACAAGUACGUCGUCUCACGAGGCAAGGGCACAGUGGAUUAUGAGUUCAUCUACAAACCUCAGCAGAAGGAGGGCGAGCACGUGAACCGCUGCCUGAAAGUCAAGCCUUCCCUUCUGGGCUCGGGAGACUGGCAUCAGUAUGAUGAUAUAAUCUGUAUGAAUUCCCCUGGGAUGUGGCAAAGGAUGAAGGAUCGUUUAACAGAUGGUACGAGGAAAGACUUGGUGAAAGGGAAGCAGACCGCGGCUGCAGUCAUGCUGGACGGCAUUUUCAGCAUCCUCGAGACCUGGAACACCAUGAAUUUAAAGAGCUUUUUCACCCAGUUCCAGCAGUUCUAUUCUGUCAUCCGCGUGCCCAUGAUCUAUGAGGGGGAAGAACAGCAGUGGAGCGCCCUGCAGUACAAAGAGGAGGAGGUGAAGAGGCACCUGUGGGAGUGUCUGAAAAGGAAAAUGGCACCACUUCUGGAACGGAGUAGGGAAGCCCUGCCUGAAGCCUGCCCAGUGAAGAGUAAAUUGAGAAUGGGCCUGAUCGCCCUUUUCUCAGCGGAAAAAAUUGAGUUACACUUAUCGGCAAGUGACCUGCACUCACUCUGUCUCCUCCUUUGCUCCAACGCCAGUUCCCCAGACGACCUUCGCAACGACCUGAUCCACAUCCUUGAAACAUCUCAGAGCUGGCGAGUGUUCUUGGUAAACUUGUGUCAAUUGUGUGUGGACAAGAAAGAGGAUCUUUGGGUGUGCAUCCUACCUGUGCUGCACCACUGCAUGCAGCUGUCCCCGCCAGCCAGGGACGCCGGCUUGCAGCCCGAGGACGCCUGGGCAGCCCUUGAAGGCAUCUCCUACUCUGAGUAUCAAGAAGAAAGUUCGAGUCGGAAACAGUUGCUCCAACUUAUGGAAGAGAACAAACAUUUGCUCAAUGUGGAUGAGUAUCUGUUCCGGUCCUGGUUCAGUUUGCUCCCUCUGAGCAGCUUGGUUCAUUACAUGAAUGGUCUCAUUGACUUUUCAAGUCGCUUUCCUCCUCGUGUCCUGGACUGCCUUCUAGGGACCUACUACCGGUUUCAAGGACUUCGGGAAAUCUACAACAGAAACUCAGAGAAUAUUGAGAGUAUUUUACGCGUGCUGUCUCACCUCCUGGACAGUUAUCAAGACAAGAUUCUUGAGGAGCCCUUGACACAGGCCUACUUGACUGUGUGCCUGAAACUUCAUGAAACUACCUGCGGCGUUACAAAAAGCCACACGUUACAUGAAAUGCCUGCCUUAUCUGCUGAGAUUGUUUGCAGGAUCAUUAAACUUAAACCUCUCGUGGAUUUAGCAGGAGGGCAGGGAGAUGAAACUGGAAAGAAGCAUUCAGUAAAAACAGUCUUCCAGAAGACCCUCAUGGCCACCAGGUCUUGGCUUGGGCGCUGUUUUGUUAGGAGCAUGUUCCGAAGUUGGCACUCCUCCGACCCCUUCACGUACGCUGAGGAGAUUAAGGUCUGGAGGCGGCUGGUGGAAAUCCCCUUCCCCAAGGAGCACGGCUGGAAGGAAUCCUUGCUGGGGGACUUGGAAGGGAGGCUCAAGCAGGAGAAGCCCCUCUCCCAGAUCCUCGCCUUCUGCAGCAGCAAAUGGGAUGCCGCAGGCGGCGAAGACAGUGUGUCGAAAUGCUUUGAGAAGUGCGUCAUCGAAGCCGUGAGCUUAGUCUGCCAGUCUCAGACCAGUAUCCUUGAGAAGAUUGCUUACGACGACUGGCGGAAAUGUGGCACCCUCGUGUCUGCCGUGAUCACUAAGUCCUGGCCCAGAAACGGAGGGGAGCUUGUAGACAACUUGGAUGAAAUUUUGACUCACCUCCUCACAGGGCCAGACAUCAAGCAUCUCUUCAAACUGUACGGAACCAAUGAGAAAAUAAUAGCAAAUAUGACAGAGGAAGCCAAGAAGUUGAUGUCCACCGCUGACUCUGUGUUCACAAAAGUUACCAGCGACCUCAUCAAUGGAACGAUUUUAGUCGGACAACUGGAGCUGAUCAUAAAACACAUAAAUCGGUUCCUCGACAUCUGGCAAUUAAACAGUAAAUGUCUUUCGGACCAGAAGAAAAACACUAUGAAGGAGGUGCUAGGUCUGAGGGAAAAGGAGCUGCUGGCUCUAAAGAGAGAGGAAAGCCAUGUCAACUGCCUCCUGAAGCUGUGUGCGCGGGUGAAAGAUCUGAUAAGAGUGGAUUUUGGAGAGAUUGCAGAGAGACAUUUGGAAGACCUCAGCAGGAAAAGACUAAACGAAGUCGUGACGGUGGGGUCGUCGGCCCCCUCCUCAGACGCAGCGUGGACCACACAUUACAACCUGAGCCCCGAAGUCCAAGAAAUGGCCAGAAACGCAGCCUUGCUGAAGGGCAGCCACGUCUUCCAGGUCUUCUGGGCAGAAGCGGCCCAGGAGCUGUGUGAGCCAGAGGACGAGCCAGAAAGCAGAGCCCUGCAGCCAGAAGAGGCCUACCGGUACUUGUAUCUUCCGUGCUUCAACAAGUUCGCGAAACUGUAUCAGGAUCUGAAGUCAGGAGAGGUCACCUUUGGGGAAAUAGAUGCCACUUUCAAGGACUUCGUGAAUAAAUACAGGGACCUCACUGUCGACCUGCAGACCAUGUGCAGUCUGCAGCCCCGUGACGACAGGGCUUGGAUCGACGAGCGAGUGGAGCAGAUCAGGGAGUACCACCACCUGCACCAGGCUGCUGCCUCGGCCGAGGCCAUCUUGACGGUCAAAGAGAAUCUGGGCCUGACUGGUGACUUCAGCGUUCUCCACACUUUAUUGCACUUUACUGUCGGGAACAACUUUCGCAACGAAAAACUGAACCAGAUCAGCCAGCAGCUUAUCCGUGCCAAAAAGCUGCUGCAGGAUGUGAGCGAGACCCGGUGCCAGUGUCUGAAGGAGCUGUCCCAGAGGAAGGAGUUCAUCGACUGGGUCCGGGAGGCCCUCGAAGGCAUCACCGAGCUGAAGGUGUUCGUGGACCUGGCCUCCAUCUCCGCCGGGGAGAAUGACAUCGACGUGGACCGCGUGGCUUGCUUCCACGACGCGGUGCAGGGCUACGCGCCCCUGCUCUAUGACCUGGACACCAGCGCGGGUUUCGAUGACUUCAUGCAGCACCUGAGAGAGCUGUGGAAGGCUCUGGAUAAUGACCAGCACCUGCCCAAGAAACUGCGCGACUCUGCCAGGAACCUGGAGUGGCUGAGGACAGUGAAGGAGAGUCACGGGUCUGUGGAGCUCUCCUCCUUGUCGCUGGCCACCGCCAUCAACAGUGGAGGCAUCUAUGUGAUCAAGGCCCCCCCGGAUGGCCAGAAGGUUUCCCCAGACACCGUGCUGCACUUGCUUCUCCCCGAGGGCCUCGGGGGCCAGGAGGAGGUGCGAGACUACUCUCUGGAAGAUCUGAAGGAGCUUUUGAACAAGCUGAUGCUGAUGUCUGGCAAGAAGGAUCACCACAACGUUGAAGUUGUAGAGGUGUUUUCCGAGGUGUUUUGCAACGUGCAGAGGCUAGUCCAGGCCUUCAUCAACCUUUACUCUGCUGGAAACAUGCUGUUCAGGGCAUGGACGGCCGAGGUGUACUGCUCCCCCCGGAAGGGUGUCUCCAUCUGCAUGGACUUCUGUCUGGGGCUGGUGAACCAGUUCACGGAGAGCGGGGCAGUCGCCGGGCUGCUGGAGGCCCUCUGCCGACAGAUGGAGGACUUCCUGGACCGCUGGGAGAGAUUUGUGGUGGAGAAGCGGGCAGAGCACCCCUACCUCAACUACUACACAGCCGAGCAGCUGGUCUACCUGGGCACGGAGCUCAGGAAGCAGGUCCCCAGUGAGGCCGCCCUCACCAUGCUGUCCUUCAUCAAGAGCAACUGCAGCCCCAGGGACGUCUCGGAGGCCUGCCCGGGGCCCGACGGCAGGGCUGCCGAGCAGCAGAGGACCAUGAUCCAGGAGCUGCCGCUCCUGCUCUUCUCAGAGUCCAGACUGGUGGACAAGCUGAGGAUCAUCAUGGAACAGUCGAUCGCCUGCAUGAGUGUCCUCCUGCCUCACUGCCUGGACCUGGAGGCCCUCGGCCUCUGUCUGGCUCGCCUGGCGAGGACGGCCGGGCCUCCCGUGCAGCGACAGCUCCCCAAGGGCCUGCAGGUCGGCCAGCCCAACCUCGUCAUCUGUGGCCACUCCGAGGUCCUGCCGGCCGCCCUGGCCAUCUACAUGCAGACCCCGAGCCAGCCCCUGCCCACCUACACCGAGGUGCUGCUCUGCACCCCAGGGACCACGUUUGAGGAGGUGGCACUGCUCCUGCGCCGCUGCCUGACCCCCGGCGCCCAUGGGCUUGGGGUCUACAGCCUGCUGUUUGCGGACCAGCUGAGCUACGAGGUGGCCUGCCGGGCGGAGGCGCUCUUCCUGAGCCUGUGCAUGCAGCGCCACCGGGAGGACUACCAGCUCGUGAUGGUCUGCGACUGUGAGCGGGAGCACUGCUACCUGCCCUCGGCCUUCAGCCAGCACAAGGUCCUCGUCACCCCCCAGGCGCCCCUCAAGGACAUCCAGGCCUACCUGGCUCACCACUUCCAGGUCCCAGAGCAGAUCCCAUCAGCCGCUGCUGUGUUCCGGGACCGGAUGUGUGUUGGGGUCGUGGCCUCAGAGAGAGCGGGUGUCGGAAAGUCUCUCUUUGUGAGGAGGUUGCAUGGCCAACUGAAAAUGAAAUUUAAUGGGAGAAAAGUGCCCCUAAAAGUUAUUCGAUUGAUCGACCCUCAGCUGGAUGAGAACCAAGUCCUGGGCUCCCUCCUGCCUUUCCUGGACGCCAGGCAUCAGACAGGACCCAUGGUGUUCCACCUGGACGUGAGCUCUUCAGUGCGGACUGGAAUUUGGGUGUUUCUUUUCAAACUUCUGGUUCUCCAGUACUUGAUGGAUGUAAAUGGGAAGAUGUGGCUGCGGAACCCGGGCCACUUGUAUAUUGUUGAGAUCCUGGAAGGGAGCUCGGCCCUGCCACGGAGGCCUUCGAAGCUGAGCACAUAUGCACCCCCAUUCAGUUUUCUAGACAUCUUCCCCAAAGUCACGUGCAGGCCUCCCAAAGAAGUGAUUGACAUGGAGCUGGACCCUCAGUGGAGCUACGAAGAGCCGGGAAUGGAUCUGAAACAGUUCUGCAGCGAAACGUUCCAGAGACCUUACCAAUAUCUGAGACGGUUCCAUCAGAAGGAAAACCUCGACACGUUCAAGUACCAAAAAGGCUCUGUUGAGGGCACCCCCAGCGAAUGCAUCCAGCACCUCCUGAUUUACUGCGGGGUGAUAAACCCGUCCUGGUCAGAGCUCCGGAACUUUGCUCGGUUCCUCAACUACCAGCUCCGAGACUGUGAGAACUCUCUCUUCUGUAAUCCCAGCUUUGUUGGAGACACACUGGUGGGUUUCAAGAACUUUGUGGUCACCUUCAUGAUCUUCAUGGCGCGAGAUUUCGCCACACCUACACUUCACACAGCUGACCAGAGCCCAGGGAAGCACCCGGUCACCAUAGAUGGCGUCAGGGAAGAAGAUCUCGCCCCUUUCACACUCCGGAAGAGGUGGGAGUCAGAGCCCCACCCGUACGUCUUCUUCAACAGUGACCACAUGUCCAUGACAUUCAUCGGGUUCCACUUCCGGCCGAACCAGAACGGUGGUGUUGAUGCCAUCGACCCCUCGAGUGGGGAGGUGAUCAAGAAGGAUGUCAUGACGGUGGCACUGUACCAGGGGCUGUUGCUUCAGAGGGUGCCCUUCAAUGUUGAUUUUGACAAUCUGCCCAGACACGAGAAACUUGAGAGGCUCUGCCUGACAUUGGGGAUCCAGUGGCCCUUUGACCCUGAUGAAACCUAUGAGCUUACGACGGACAACAUGCUCAAGAUCCUUGCCAUCGAGAUGCGUUUCCGGUGUGGCAUCCCCGUCAUCAUCAUGGGGGAAACUGGCUGUGGGAAAACCAGACUCAUUAAAUUCCUUAGUGACCUGCGGCGUGGGGGUGCCAGUGCUAACACCAUGAAGUUGGUCAAGGUCCAUGGAGGAACGACCGCUGACAUGAUCUACUCCAAGGUCAAGGAGGCAGAAGAGCUUGCCCACUUCAAUAAGGACCAACAUCAUUUGGACACCAUCUUAUUCUUCGAUGAAGCCAACACCACGGAGGCCAUCAGCUGCAUCAAAGAGGUCUUGUGUGACCGCACAGUGAGUGGCCAGCUGCUGGCUAAGAACUCCGGCUUGCAUAUCAUAGCAGCCUGCAACCCUUACCGGAAGCACUCCCAGGAGAUGAUCUGCCGUUUGGAGUCAGCUGGUCUGGGAUACAGGGUGAGUGCAGAGGAGACGGUGGAGAAGCUUGGCUCCAUUCCUCUGAGGCAGCUGGUGUACCGUGUCCACGCUCUGCCACCGAGCCUGAUCCCCCUGGUGUGGGACUUCGGACAGUUAAAUGACUCAGCAGAAAAGCUCUACAUCCAGCAGAUUGUCCAGAGAGUGAUGGCCUCCACCCUGAUGGAUCCUCACAAGGCCUGUGUGAUCACGGACGUGCUGUCCGCCUCUCAGAGUUUCAUGAGGACAAGAGAAGAUGAGUGCAGCUUCGUCAGCCUCCGGGACGUGGAGCGCUGUGUGAAAGCUUUCAAGUGGUUUUACGACCGCAGCGGGAUGCUCUUGUCCAAGCUGGAUUCCGUUCUCUGCGAGUCCAGCGUCAGCGGAAACAGCUUUGACAGAGAUCCUGUCCUCUGGUCCCUGGUGCUGGCCAUCGGGGUAUGUUACCACGCCUCUUUAGAAAAGAAGGAAUCUUAUCGGAAAGCCAUUUGCAGGUUCUUUCCAGAACCGUAUAAUGAUAGCAGGGCUAUUCUGGAUGAGAUAACGCAAACCCAGGAUCUCUUUCUGAAUGGCGUACCCCUGAGGAAGACCAUCGCCAAGAACUUGGCUUUGAAGGAGAAUGUCUUCAUGAUGGUGAUCUGCAUCGAGCUCAAGAUUCCUCUCUUCCUGGUUGGCAAGCCUGGCAGCUCCAAAUCUCUCGCCAAGACCAUCGUGGCAGACGCCAUGCAAGGCCAGGCCGCGCACUCAGACCUCUUCCGGAGCCUGAAGCAGGUCCACCUGGUGUCAUUCCAGUGCAGCCCGCAUUCCACCCCACAGGGCAUCAUAGGCACCUUCAAGCAAUGCGCCCGCUUCCAGCAAGGGAAGGACCUGGAGCAGUACGUCUCCGUGGUGGUGUUGGAUGAGGUCGGGCUGGCAGAAGACUCGCCCAAAAUGCCCCUGAAGGCUCUGCACCCACUGCUGGAAGACGGGUGCAUUGAAGACGACCCUGCCCCCUACAAGAAAGUGGGCUUCGUUGGCAUUUCCAACUGGGCCCUGGACCCCGCCAAGAUGAACCGGGGUAUCUUCGUGUCUCGCGGCAGCCCCAGCGAGAGGGAGCUCAUCGAGAGUGCCAGGGGGAUUUGCUCUUCAGAGCCCCUCGUGCAAAAAAGAAUCCAAGAAUACUUUGCAGCCUUUGCCAAAGCCUACGAAACGGUGUGUGAGAGCCAGGACAGGGAGUUCUUCGGGCUCCGGGACUACUACAGCCUCAUCAAGAUGAUCUUUGCCGCAGCGAGAGCCUCCAGCAGGGAGCCGUCCCCUCAAGGCAUCGCACAAGCUGUCCUGCGGAACUUCAGCGGCAAGGACGACAUCCACGCGCUGGAAAUCUUCGCAGCCCACUUGCCCGAGGCCAGGUGCGUGGAAGAAGUCAGCACCAUGCAGCUCAUCGGGCAGAACCUGCACAGCGAUCGUCGGACGGUGCCCGGCAGAGAGCUGGACGACUCCGAGUCCCGCUAUCUGCUCGUGCUGACCAGGAACUACGUGGCCCUGCAGAUCCUGCAGCAGACGUUCUUCAGUGAGGACCAGCCAGAGAUCAUCUUCGGAUCCAGUUUUCCCAGGGACCAGGAGUACGCCCAGAUCUGCAGAAACAUCAACCGGGUGAAAGUUUGCAUGGAAACCGGCAAGAUGGUGGUCCUGCUCAACCUGCAGAACCUGUACGAGAGCCUCUACGACGCCCUCAACCAGUACUACGUCUACCUCGGCGGCCAGAAGUACGUGGACCUCGGGCUGGGGACCCAUCGGGUCAAAUGUCGGGUUCACCCGGACUUCCGCUUGAUCGUCAUCGAAGAGAAGGACGUGGUCUACAAGCGUUUUCCCAUCCCCCUCAUUAACCGGCUGGAGAAGCACUACCUGGACAUCAACACCGUGUUACAGAAAUGGCAGAAGAGCGUUGUGGAAGAGCUCAGGGUCUGGGUGGAGAAGUUCAUAGAUGUGAAAGAAGAAGGGAGCUCACUCGGACACAAAUACAGCCCUGCUGAUGUCUUCAUUGGCUUCCAUUCGGACACGUGUGCCUCUGUGGUGCUCCAGGUCGUGGAGCAGCUGGGGUGCAAGGGCUCGACUGGCGAGCUGUACCAGGAGGUAUCCGAGCAGGCCAAACUGGUGCUGCUGGAUUGCGCCACGCCUGAUGCUGUGGUUCGGCUGAACGCUUCCUCACUGGGCCGUUUCACCGCAACGUCCCUUUCCGAGGAGUACUAUUACAGACAGCAGCAUAACUCCUUUGCAGAUUUCCUCCAGGCUCACCUUCGCAGGGUGGAUCCAGAGCGCCAUACCGCCUUCACAGAGGUCACCACGUUCUCCAGGCUGCUGACCAGUCAUGACUGUGAGCUUUUAGAGUCAGAGGUAGAGGACAGGGCUCCAAAACUCACGAUCCUGUCACUGCAGCAGUUUGACACCGAGUACUCAUUCCUCAAGGAAGUCCGAAACUGUUUAACCCACGCAGCCAGAUGUAAAAUCCUCAUCAUUCAAACAGAUUUUGAAGAUGGAAUUCACAGUGCUCAGCUCAUCGCCUCAGCUAAGUAUUCUGCUAUAAAUGAAAUCAACAAGAUACAAGGAAGUCAGGGCUGCAUCUUAGUCUAUUUCAUCACAAAACUGUCCCGGAUGGGAAGUGGAACGCCCUAUGUGGGAUCCCAUGGAGGGCUGUGGCAGUCUGUGCACAUCGACGACCUGCGGAGAUCCACGGGCAUGGUUUCGGAUGUGACUAAGCUGCAGAGCGUGACCAUCAGCCAGCUGUUUAACCCUGAAGCUCAGGCUGAGUUGAAGGUGGGACAAAGGGCCCAAGUCGACCACGAGGAGGAGAUGGAAACAGAGCUGGUCAGAUCAGGGGAGGUGGCAGAGCUGGAAAUGGAGACGGAAAGUCCUGGGGUGACCUCUGAGCCAGGGGGAUGUGAUACGCAGAUCCUGGACACCACCAGGCUGCUGAGAAGCUGCAUCCAGGGCGCGGUGGGCAUGCUCAGAGAUCACAGAGAGGGCUGCCAGCGCAGCAUGCGGAGGGUGUCCAUUCUCCUCAGCCUCCUAAACGAGGACGAUGAAUACAGAGCCACUUUCUUACGGGUCACCAAGAUGCGCAUCUGCGUCCUUUUAAAGAAGCAGGAGGAGAACUGCGUCUUCUUGAACACGAGGGACUGGGUGGUGAGGGCGGCCUCCAGCCAGGACGCCCUCCAGGAGGCCGGCACGUUCAGGCAGACCCUCUGGAAGCGGGUGCAGGGUGCCGUGAGCCCCCUCCUGGCCAGCGUGAUAUCUUUCGUGGACAGAGACGGCAACCUGGAGCUGCUGGCCAGCCCCGACUCUCCGUCCUGGGCGAGAGGCCUUUGGAUGUUUGUUUUCAGUGAUGUCAACCUCCUGAACAUUCCUCUUGUGACCACCAAGACAAGAGCUCAGGGUGAGAUGUCGUACAUCAUGGUGCAGAACUACAUGGACCUUUCGGAGAACUCGUCCAACGCUGUCCCGUUUAGCUGGAGAAUCAAGGACUACCUGGAGGAGCUGUGGGUCCACACUCAGUACACGACAGGAGAAGAAGGACUGGCAGGGAGGCUAGUGGACAUCUUUCAGCAGACCCCUCUGGGCCGGUUCCUGGCCCAGCUCUCUGGCGACCAGCGGCAAGAGCUGCUCCAGUGCUACGUGCAGGACUUCCUUCUCUUGGCCAUGGGAGUGUCCACUUGGGAAGAGUUACAGGUUCUGCAGAUGGCUCUGUGGUCCUGCAUCUAUCAGCUGCAAGCAGGAAGGCCAGAGGAAGAGGUCUCCUUGCCGUCCGUGCACCUCGCCUACCAGCACUUCAGGGGCCGGCUCCAGAACUUCUCCAGGAUCCUGACGAUCCAUCCCCCAGUCUUACCCAGCCUAGCAGGAGCCACACAGAACCACAGCUGGGCUGCACGUGAGAUGGCUCUGGACGUGUUGGCGGCAGUGGCCUGUGCUGAAAUGCUGACCAAAGACCUGCUGAAGCCCAGUCCCCAGGCGUGGCUGCAGAAGGUGAAGGACCUGUCCAUGCCGCUGGAGCUGCUCUGCUCAGACGGGUACACCCAGGGCAGUGGGAUGGUGAGCAGAGGCCUCAUCCAGGAAGUCAGAACCCACUGGAGUCGCAUUUUCUCCGUCGCACUUUUUGUGGAGCACGUGCUCCUGGGGACCGAGAGCCAGGUUCCCGAGCUGUGCGAGCUGGUGACCGAGUACGUCUUCUUGCUGAACAAGUGUCUGCAAGAGGACUCUGACCUCAAGACCCGCAAGCCUUUUGUCGCAGUGAUGACCACUCUUUGUAAAUGCAAGGAGCAGGCCAGCAAGAACUUCAGCCGGUUUGGGGUUCAGCCAUGCCCCGUCUGCCUGGGAGACGCGCAGGACCCUGCCUGCCUGCCCUGUGACCAUGUAUUCUGCCUGCGUUGCAUCAAAACCCAACUCAUCAUGGGGCAGAUGAGGUGCCCGGUUUGUUUAACGGACUUGCCGGACGACUUCUCUCUAAGGGUUUCCGAAGAGCACAGGGAGGUUGUCUGGAAACAUGCCCGCUUCCGGCAGAUGUGCAAUAGUUUCUUCGUAGACCUGGUCUCCACCAUGUGCUUCAGAGACAACUGUCCGCCGCAGAAGGACGUGGUCGACGUGCUGCUGUCUUUACUCUUCGUAAAGAAAGAGCUCUUACGAGAUUCCUUCCCAAGACACCGGGAACACACGAAGUCUCUCUCUCCUUUUGAUGACGUUGUGGACAAGACCCCCGUCGUCCGCUCCGUGGUGCUGAAGCUGCUCUUGAAGUACAGCUUCUGUGACGUGAAAGAUUAUAUUCAGACGUAUUUGUCCCAGUUAGAAAAGAAGCCGUUCCUGGCCGAAGACAAAACUGAACUGUACGUUCUCUUUAGCAGCUGUCUGGAGGACUCCAUGCGUGAGAAGAUUAACGCCUCCUCCGUGGAGGGGGAGCUGAAACACCUAAGAGAGGAAGGCCAGUUCCUUAGGGCGUGCUCACUGGCGCGGCGCGGCCCCGAGGCCUCGGUGGAGCUCCUGCAGGAGGUGGCCCGCGUCCGCCUCUGCCUCGACGCGGCGUCCGACAUCCUCUCAGAGCUUCGGGACGGCUCAGAGAUCUUGGCGGAGAAGCAGCACUUCCUGCGGCAGGUUGAGCACUUCUGCGCCCGGGUCCACAACGACUGGCUCCGAGUGUACCUGGUGAGGAAGCUCACCAGCCAGCAGGGCAUGGAGUUUGUGCAGAGCCUCUCCGGGCAGGGCCACCCGGCCCACUGGGUGUUUCCCAGGGAGGUCAUCGAACAGCAGAAGGAUCACCCAAGCCAGAUGGACCGGUACCUGGUGCACGGCGAAGACUACAAGGCUCUUCGUGACGCAGUGGGCAAAGCCUUCCUCGAGAGCAAGCCCCUGGCUGUGGAGACCGCUCUGGAGGCCUGCAGGACCUCCGCAACGCAGCGGGCCGUGCACUUGCUGUUAGCACUUUUUAGGGAGGUCACAACUUUGUACAGAUCCCGAAAUCCGAACCUCCAUCCUAAGCCGCAGCAAUGUGAGGCUGUGAACAAAGUCAUCGAGGAGAGCAAGGCCCUGCCUCCUGACGUCAGACGGUUUGCAACGCUGCUCGUGACCAAUGGUCUGCCCCUGCUGAGGACAGGUCCCUGGGACGGCAGCCUGGAAGGGACGGUGACAGAAAUGGCUGUUCAUGUUGCAGUCAUCCUUCUUUGUGGACACAACAAAGUGUUGGAACCCCUAAAGAAUCUGGCCUUCUCCCCAGAAAACAUGGUGAAUGCCUUUCUUCCAGCGAUGCCGGAAGACUUGCUGGCUCAAGCUAAGAAUUGGAUACGGCAGGAAGGAGUCCAGUGGUACACAUGUCCCAACGGCCACGCCUGUGCUGUGGGGGAGUGCGGCUUGCCGAUGGAGCAGAGUUUCUGUGUCGACUGCGGCGUUCUCAUCGGAGGGAUAAAUCACACAGCGCAGGCUGGAUUUCACAAGAUCCAAAACAACAGGGACAGAACUCAGACUGGCCACGUGCUGGGAAGCCCGCCGCCCAGAGGCGUGGCCGUGGUGUCUGACCGAGCGCUGUCCCCGGUGGUCUUCCUUCUCAUCCGGCUACUCAUGCAUUUGGCCAUGCUUCUGGGAGCCUCCCGCAACCCCCAGGCUCUGAGGAACAUCAUCAAGCCUCCGGUGGAGGAUCCCGCGGAGUUUCUGCAGCAGCAUAUCCAGCGGGACCUGGAGCAGCUCAUAAAGACGCUGGGAAAGAGCGCGGACGACGCCACCAGUGUGGUGCACCUGGUCCUGCGCAGCCUCCUCAGGGAGCCGCACCAGGGACAUUUAAAUUUUGAUGCAAUAUUGUCAACCAAAGAAAGGAGGAACCGCUGGGAGAAGGCAGCCGAGGCCGUCAUUCUGCCUGAACUGGAGCGUCUGGACCAGACCCUCCUGGCGGUGAACACGCGCAUCAGCCGAGACGAGCGCAUCAGUUCCAACCCCGUGGCCAAGAUCGUGUACGGUGACCCGGCGGCCUUCCUGCCCCACCUGCCCCAGAGCACGGUUCACUGCUCUAGGAUGUGGAGCUGCAGGAACAGGGUCACCAUCGAGUACCUCCAGCACGUCGUGGAGCAGAAAAACGGCAAGGAGACAGUGCCUGUCCUCUGGAGGUUCCUGCAAAAGGAAGCAGAACUGAGACUGGUGAAGUUCCUGCCUGAGAUUCUGGCCCUGCAGAGGAACCUAGUGAAACAGUUCCAGAACGUUUCCGAGGUUGAAUUCAAGUCCAUCAGAAGCUUCGUUAGCAGCCACAGCUCAGAUGGGCUGAGGGAGUUAUUGCUGAAGAGAAUCACUGCCUUUCUGUCGACAUGGAACAAACUGAGGAGAUCGCUGGAGACCAACGGGGAGAUCAAGCUCCCUAAGGACUACUGCGCGUCCGACCUGGACCUGGACACGGACUUCGAAGUCAUUCUGCCACGUCGCCGGGGCCGGGGCCUCUGUGCCACCGCCCUGGUCAGCUACUUGAUUAACCUGCACAACGAAAUGGUCUACGCGAUGGAGAAGUUCUCCAAGGAAGACAGCAGCUACUCCGUCGAUGCCUCCGAGGUCACCGACCUGCACGUCAUCAGCUACGACGUGGAGCGGGACCUGACCCCGCUGAUCCUCUCCAACUGCCAGUACCACGUGCAGGAGGGCGGGGAGACCUUGCAGGAGUUCGACCUGGAGAAGAUCCAGCGCCAGGUCACCAGCCGCUUCCUCCAGGGCAAGCCCCGGCUGACCCUCAGGGGAAUACCCACGCUGGUGUGCAGACGGGACUGGAACUACGAACACCUCUUUGUGGACAUCCAGAACAAGAUCCCGCAGGACCCCCUCCCCAACACCGUCCUCAGCAACAUCCGAGGACAGCUGCAGUCCUACAGCGAUGCCUGUGAGGCUCUGUCCGCCGUAGAAGUCGCACUGGGCUUCGUGAGCACGGCCGGCGGGGACCCCGACAUGCACUUGAACGUGUAUUUCCAAGACAUGCUGCGGAUGGGUGAUCAGACCUCGCUGGUUUCCAAGGCCUUAAACAGGUGCCAGCUGAAACACACCAUCGCCCUCUGGCAGUUCCUCUCUGCCCACAAGUCUGAGCAACUGCUGCGACUGAAGAAGGAGCCAUUCGGGGACCUCAUUCCAAGGUACGGAGUCGAGCUCAGCCCUGAACAUGCGAAGCUGCUCAGCACCUUCCUAAACCAGACUGGCCUGGAUGCCUUCCUCCUGGAGCUUCACGAGAUGAUGGUCCUGAAGCUGAAGACCCCACAGACGGCGGAGAGUUUCAGCCCUCAGUGGAGCCUGAGAGACACUCUGGUGAGCUACAUGGAGACUAAAGACAGUGAGGUUCUUCUGCCCGACGUGGAGUCUCAGUUCCCAGAAGAGAUCCUGCUGUCCAGCUGUGUCUCUGUGUGGAAAAUGGCAGCCGAGCUGAAAUGGAACCGACAAACAAGAUAGGACAGCGUCCUGUCCCUGCAGGGACCAGGGCAGGGGAGCUCUCCCCUCCUCCCGGCAGGAGGGGCUCCAUCCUGGGCGGUCACCUUUGCUGUUGGCGUAGCACUCAACUCAGGACCCGCUGGCCGCUUUCUGAGAGACAGGCCAUUUCAGGAACGUCGGUAAAUUCAGAAACUAACUCAUCACAUUCUGAAGAGUGUUCACUGGGAGGCAAGAGCUAAAGAUUACAUGAAACUGGAAUGAACCACCAUCCUCCAUGUGCCAGGAGAGACCAAAACAGCCUCUCAGCUCCCUGGAAAGGAGUGGUCUGUCUGAGACCUCCCAGCCUCUCAGCGUGCCCGUGCCCGGUCCCCAGCACCUAGUUCCUCAGAGUUCACCUAGUAGGAGGGACAGGAAGUGGGGUUAAGUGAUUUUUGCCUUUUUUUUUUCCUAAUUUAUUCUGCACUCACAGAAGAGUAUCCGGCUUUCUUCUUACUUCCACUCCUUUAAAUUCUGAGUGUUGUACAUACAUUUCUAGGCUUCCAAGUCAUGAAAAAGUGCCAGCCUCUUCUGGUCUCCCCCCCUGUACGAGUCAGGGCAUUCUGUGAGUGCCCAGGCCAAACCAGCCCGCCCUCACCCGCGCCCUACACGGGUCACUGCCAAACGUCAAAGGCCCAGAAGCUUUCGUUCUGAGGAGUCAAGGGUGCCGUGGGUGUCCUAGUCUCCUCCUCUACAAAGUGAAAGGGCUGGAUUGAAGGCCAGCUCUCCUUCCUGUUCUAGCAAAUUCUACAUGAAAGUUUAUCAGUGUAAUGUUGGACCAAGGACACGGUUCCGGCAUUCUGCCGAAUGCACACGUGCUCUUGGUGUGCUCUGGACUCCCCCCGCUGCACAACUCUCUGGUCCUUUCUUUGGGUCUCAGCCAGGGCAUACAAACGAGACUCAGAGACAACACAAAACCACUUAAGUUUCCAAAAAAGGAAAAAAAAAAGAACAGUCAAGUCCCUGUGGCCUUGCGUUGCACUUCUCCCUAAAA